AAAAAAAACUGCUUCCAACCCUCAAAAAUGGUGGAUUUCAACAUGAGAGGCUGACAGCCCUCAAAUUUCAUAUUCGGUCCGAACCCAAACCAGGUCCCCGGCCGAGCUAUUUAACGACUUCCCCGUUGGCUCCCCUCCCUCUCCAUCGGAAACCCUAGCUCUAGAGUCCCGAGUGAAGGCGAUAGAUCUCAUUCGAGCAAAAGAAGAUGGCUGCUGAAGAUGGUAUUGCCGUCGAAACUGCUGCUCCAGCUCUUGGAGAGCCCAUGGACCUGAUGACAGCUCUUCAACUUGUGAUGAAGAAAUCACUCGCCCAUGAUGGGCUUGUUCGUGGGCUCCAUGAAGCUGCCAAGGCAAUUGAAAAGCAUGCGGCGCAACUUUGUAUUCUGGCUGAGGACUGCAACCAGCCUGACUAUGUCAAGUUGGUCAAAGCACUUUGUGCUGACCACAAUGUGCAUUUAGUAACAGUACCAAGUGCAAAAACUCUUGGCGAGUGGGCUGGGCUAUGCAAGAUCGACUCAGAGGGAAAGGCAAGAAAAGUCGUAGGUUGUUCGUGUGUCGUUGUCAAGGAUUAUGGUGAAGAAUCAGAGGGUCUACAUAUAGUUCAGGAAUAUGUGAAAUCCCACUGAACUAUGAGAACUGAUUAAUAACGGGUCUAUCGUAAUAGCUCAUUAGAGUUUGCUGAAAAACUUUCACCAUUAAGGCUUUAUGUGGAAUUUUGAAAUUGUUAGUUUGAAGACUUCUAUCUGGACGCUGUUUAUCGAUUUUUCUUAGAAGGGUUUCAUUUUUGCCCGCAAAAUCUUCAUUUUUGAAGGGUCUCUUCACAUUCUUGUUCUUAAAUUAUGCUGAAGUAGGUCAAAUUAAAUAGGCCUUUAAUGGGGAAACAUUUUUUUGUUGUAUUUUGAGUUUCUCUCGGCAUAAACUGCUGUUGAUUAAAAUCA